UUCUUCUAGCUCUGGUGAUUUCUUCAUACUUCUGUACUAUCUUUCAACUAUAGGAAUGGCGGAUGAGGUGGUUUUGCUAGAUUUCUGGCCAAGUCCUUUUGGGAUGAGGAUUAGAAUUGCACUUGCUGAAAAGGGUAUCAAGUAUGAGUACAAAGAAGAGGACUUGUUGGGGAACAAGAGUCCUCUGCUCCUCCAAAUGAACCCGGUUCACAAGAAAAUCCCGGUUCUCAUUCACAAUGGCAAGCCCAUUUGUGAAUCUCUCAUUGCUGUUCAGUACAUUGAUGAGGUCUGGAAUGAUAGAUCUCCUUUGUUGCCUUCUGACCCUUACCAGAGAGCACAGGCUAGAUUCUGGGCUGAUUUUGUUGACAAGAAGGUACCCUUUUGUGUUGAUUUUUGUGAUUGUUGCUUGAAGCUAUGGACAACAAAAGGAGAAGAACAAGAAACUGCCAAGAAGGACUUCAUGGAUGCCCUUAAAUUGUUGGAGGAACAGCUUGGAGACAAGGCUUAUUUUGGAGGAGACAAGUUUGGUUUUGUAGAUGUAGCAGUUGUUCCAUUCUACACUUGGUUCAAAGGCUAUGAAAUCUUUGGCAACAUUAACACAGAGAAGGAGUGCCCCAAGUUUGUUACUUGGGCCAAGAGGUGCCUGCAGAAAGAGAGUGUUUCCAAGUCUCUUCCUGAACAGGAAAAAGUCUAUGAUUUCAUUGCAGAGAGAAGAAAGAAUAUAGGCAUGGAGUAGAUUGGAGGCAUAAUAGUAAAGUACUAGUCUAUGUUUUUUUGUGUGCUUCACCUUUCAAAUAAAGUAUUUAGUAACCGAGGUCACUUAACUGUGCCAAACUUCACGCUUUGUUGCAUGAAUAUAUGGCUUUGAAAUACUUAAGAUGUAUCUUUCAUCUUUGAUGUGUGUGUUGGUAUUGUAAUCGAGUCUUUUCUGCAUUAUUUUGUAGUUUUAUUAUCACUUGGUCUCAUCACCAAAACUAGACCUGUUGUUAUGCUUGACAUCAUGGAAUGAAGAAAAUUUAUACACCUUCCU